CCUCCUGAUCCAAACUUCCCUCUUGUGUGUUAAAUAUUAACUAAUACUUAAAAUCAGAAGGUGGCUGCCCCAUACCUCACCUGCAGAUUUCUGGUAAUAAGAGAAGAGGCUUUCCUCUCUCCUUGCCACCCCAUAAGUUGUUGGCAAGCUUAUCAUAGUGACAUUUGAAUCUGGGGCUGUUUGCCCACUCUCCAGCUGCCAUCCUGCCCUAUGAAUGCCAUUACUUGGGAGCAAGUUCAUUCAAUGGGAGUCCCAUUGAACUACACAGAAGUCACUGUUUUGUUCUGAUUAUGGAGAAAUAGAGCUGAAUGUCAUUGGCAAAUUGGGGGCACCUCAGUGCCCCCAAUGGCUGCUUCCAAUGGCUUUGUGCAGAAGAUAUUAGACGGUACUGGGGAUAAGAGGGUCUUUGGAUGGUUUUGUGUGCUUUUUAAUAUUGCUUUUUAACAUUAAUAAUACUUUCAGUCAUUGCAACCUAGGGGACCUCAGGGGUACAAGGCAGACAAUACACUCCAAUCAUGAGUUAUUUUAAUUGUACUAGGGGAGAAAUGGGCAGAUCUUUUUGUUUUGCAGCAAUAUUCCUGCAAUUUUAAAAAAAGUUUCAGUAAAUUUUAUUUCAUUGCCUUUGGUUAUUUUCACGUAUGUGUGUCCUUUUAAUGCUAGCAUGGCCCGCUGAUUUCAGCUAGAGGGAGCACUUUUUUAGGAAUAACGUGUGAACGAACGCCCACGUGUCACGGGAAACACGCGGUUUUCGCCGCCCGCCCCGGACUGAAGGAGCCGCUCGAGUUCCCUCAGCGAACUCGCACAAACGCGGGGCCAUCCAAUCGCAAACGCCGGAUCAGGCCACGUGACACUGAAACUCUUUUCGCCCAGCUCGCCUUCUUUCAAUGCUAUCCCUUCGCACGACCCGCCUUCAAACAUACAUACGCAUGCGCACCUUUGCGUCGGGCAAUCGGGCGGGGCUCCGGGAUGCUCCUCCUUCCUGCUUGCUCGGGCCGUAAUCGGAACGAACGUCACCGGCUUCAGCUAGGGGAGGACCCAUUUUCGAGCGCGCAACCGGAAGUGGGGAAAGGGGGACUCUUUUGAAGGUGGCGCCCCUCGCCGGAAGUGCCUGUAUUUGUGUUUUCGCCGCGUUUCUCCUCAGCUGGUUCCGCCAUGGCUGCGGCGGCAGGGCCGGCCUUGCUGGACGUGCCGCCUCAGGGUGAGGGGAAAGACAGGGGUAGGCGGUGUGUGUGGUGGUGGUGGGGGGUGCUCUUCGCCGGCUUCCACUAACGCGGGACCUUCUCUUUCCUUUCGCCUCUGCCAGAAUGCCCCGGCACCGGCAGCGACCAGGCGGGCAAGGCCGAGGCCUGCCAGGGGUGCCCCAACCAGGGCGUGUGCUCCUCCAGGGGGCCCGUGGGACCCGACCCAGGUAAGGAUCGCAUGGAACCGUGGAGUUGGGAGGGGUCCCGGGGGUCAUCUAGUCUGACCCCCUUGCAUCGAAGGAGCCUGGUAUGUUUAGCCUGGGAGGGAGUAGGCUGAGAGGAGAUAGGAGAGCCCUCUUCCAAUAUCUCAAGGGCUGCCCCACGGAAGACGGGGCAGGCUAGUUUUCUCCCGCUCCAGAGGGUAGGACUCGAACCCAUGGCCCCAAGAAAGGAGGCUAAGGCUCAACAUCUUUCUGGCAGUAACAGCUGUUUCGGCAGGGUAAUGGUCUCCCUCGGGAGGUGGUGGGCUCUCCUUCCUUGGAGGGUUUUUAAAGCAGAGGUUGAAUGGCUGUCUGUCAUAAUAAUAAAAAAUAAAAAAAAUUUAUUUAUAUCCCGCCCUCCGUAGCCGAAGCCGGGCUCAGAGCGGCUAACAACAAUAAAGUAACACAGCAUUCUAAAAUCAAUUCAUUCUAAAAUCAAUUCAAAAUCAAAUUAAUGGCAACCAUUGGGCUAUGAGGAUUACCAAAGGAGGGGGUCAGACUGUGCUUUGGCCAAAGGCCUGGUGGAACAGCUCAGUCUUGCAGGCCCUGCGGAAAGAUGUCAAGUCCUGCUUGAGGCUUUAGCUAAGAUUCCUGCAUUGCAGGGGGUGGGCUGGAUUACCCUUGGGGGUCCCUCCUGACUACGAUUCUAUGAUUCUGCAGUGCAGAAAUCUCAACUAAAGCAUAUCAUCUCAAGGGGGGAGGGAGGCACUGCCAGGCUGCUUCAGUCACAGGUUUUAUUCUAAAUUCCUUUCCUAAUAAACCUCUCUCCCGGCCCUAUUUACUAAAAAACCCAAAUGUUGUAACCUUUUCUCUCAUAGGAGAGCCACACCAUCCCACUUGGAUCAUGUACUUCUUCACACAGCACUUAGUUAAGCUGUGGAACUCCCUCCCACAUAGGUGAUGGCCACAAACUAGAGGAUUAGACAGAUUCAUGGAGGAGGAUAAGGUUAUCAGUGGGUGCUAGCUGCAGUGGCUUGGCUAUGCUGUGCCUCAGGGGUUGGAAGCACAGGUGCUUCUGAACACCACUUGCUGAAGUCCACAGCAGGGCAGGGGAGAGUGCUGUUGUGCCUGAAUCCUGCUUGCUAGCUUCCCAUUCUGUGAGAACAGAAUGCUGGACUAGAUGGGCCAUUGGCCUCAUCCAGCAGGCUCUUAAUGUUCUUAUUUUGGUUUCCCUUUUCUGAACAUUGUUUUCCCAUUGUACAAAUGUGGCAAUGGGCAAAGCUUCACCUGCAGACUUUAUUUGUAUCCCAUGACUUGUUCAGGCAGGUAUUAGAGCUGUAGCAUUAGGAAUAUCUUUUAGCAGAAAGUAAUCUGCAAACCUGGUUAUGUAGUUGAUAGAGCUCCCUAGGAACUGGGCACCUUCAUGCUGCAUGAGGGAACAGAUUCUGUUUAGAAUGGCUUCUUUCCCACGCAAAUUCUGUGCUUUGCCUUUUCCCCCUGUCUAAGCUAUUGAGGAAAUCAAGGAGAAAAUGAAAGCUGUGAAACACAAACUGCUGGUGUUGUCUGGGAAAGGAGGCGUAGGGAAGAGCACAUUCAGUGCUCACUUGGCGCAUGGCUUGGCUGAAGAUGAAACCAAACAGGUGAGUGUGAUCCUGUUUAUAACUUUUGUUUGUUUUUGAAGCCCAUAUUAUUCAAUUGUAAAUGGUGACAAAGAAGACAAUUCAUCUCUAAACUAUAUUAAAUAUAGUUACAGAAAUAAUUUAGCUUGGGUUUAAAAUGAACAAAUACUGUAUUUUUCUAGGGUGAAACAAUUUAUUAUGUUGUUUUAGAAUAUAUUUGUUUUGUGUUGCAGAGGGCAUAGUAAAUGAUCCUCCCAACCCCUUUUUAAAAUCCUUACCUUGUGAGAGGGGUUAAGCUGAGGGGGUAUUACUAGCCCCUAGUGAGCCUCACAGUUGAGUGGUGAUAUGGUUUGAAAUCUCCCCAUUCCUUGUUAAUGCUUCAACCACUACUCCACCCUGGCUCUUAAAUAGUUCAUUUUGCUAAUAGCGAUAAUGGAUGUACCUGUAGGAACUAAUGGAAAAUAUUCCAGAAAGUAGAUGAACAGUGAGCAGUUAUUCAUAUGUUGUAUUAAGAAUAUUGCACAAGUUUUUCCUUGCGCUAUGUAUGUGAUAUGACAGCCAAACGUAACUUUGGAAAGUAGACACAGGUGUUAGGAACUUUUGGCCCUCCAGAUGUUCCUGAACUACAGUUCCUAUCAUCCCUAAUCAUUGGCCGUGAUUGUUAGGGCUGCUGGGAGUUGUAGUUCUGCGACAUCUGGAGGGCAAGAGUUUUUUCACAUCUAGUCUACAUUUUAGAAUAAAGUUUACAGCCUUUGAAUAACUACAUGCAUGUGUGUUUGUGCAAUUUUACCCUGAUGAGGAGCAUAUCUCUGUCUACUCGCAUAUACUACACUAAAAUAAAUAGAUCAAAUAAACAUAACUGGGACUGGACUUCACAUCUCUUCGCUGUAAUUCACUUUGCUAUUCCUAGCAUUUGGAAUUUUUCUGUGUGUAGUGUUCCAACAUGCAUACCAGGGAUGGGUAACCUUUAGUCCUCCAGAUAUUGGGCCCCCAACUCCCCAUCAGCCACAGCCAGCAUGACCAGUGGGGCAGGGAUGAUGGGAGGUGACUGAAUAGCAUCUGGAGAGCCACAGGUUCUCUAUUCCUGAUAUGUAAUCAUGGCAAGGUCAUGCAUCAAGUGCCAGGCCUUAUGUAGCCAGAAAUGGCACCGUUCAUCACAAGAGGGAAAUGCCAGGAGGCUUGGAGGAAUCCCUAGGUUUGCAGUACAAAAAAUACUUUGGGGAGGAAAGCCUUAAAGGCGGGGGGGUUACCUCAAAACAGCCCAAUGAGCAUACUUAGUGAUCACAGUGUGCUGACUUACUGCUAGGGAGAAGGGGACAAAAAAUGUCAGCUCUGAAAAACCCCGGACAGACAUUUUGCAAGUCCUGCUUGCUCACUUCUAACUUCCCCUUCCUCAACUUACUUCCAACUCCCUCCAGGUUGCUGUGCUGGACAUUGACAUCUGUGGUCCAUCCAUCCCUAAAAUCAUGGGCCUGGAAGGGGAACAGGUAUGAUAUGACUACAUAAAUGGAAGAAAACGUUGUGGGACCACUGCCACAUCUGAUUUGCCUGGUCAGAUGUUUCUUUAGGGUUUGUUAGACUUGAAGCGCAUCUGCCCUGUAGCUGUCUUCAGCGAUAGGUACCACUGCGGCGGGAAGGCAAACAGUGUUUCCAUGCACUGGCACUCAUCACAUUCUGUUGCACCAGAAGCAGUUUAGUCCUGCUGACCACAUGACACAGAAAGCUGUCUUUGGACAAACGCCAGCUUCCUUGGCCUGAAACAAGAUGAGCGCCACACUCCAUAGUUGCCUUUGACUGGACUUCACCAUCCAGGGGUCAUUUACCUUACCUUUAUACAAAUUUUUAAGCCAAGAUUUUGGCUGAAUGAGCAUAGGGCUCCCUUUCAGCUUUGCUUCAAUUGUUCUUUCAGCAGGGAACAGCUGCUUAGACUGCACAAAAUUGGUGAUAAACCACUACCAUUUAGGUUCUGCUAAAAAGCUCGAAAAUGAAAAAUGACUUGGGAGGAAUCUUGAUGAGUCUCUGUGCAGGCUUUGGCUCACCAGGAGCCUUUGUUAGAAAGAAAAAAUGUGGUUUAUGUGGGGGAGAGUAUGUGUUUCUGUUACUAGGGUUGUCUACACAUAGUGUCUACCAUGUUUAUGAACAGGUGCUGCAGGUCUCUGGCUCUCUUUCUUUGUCAGGUAUAUUGUGUUGCAAAUAUCCAGGCCUGGAGCGAGCCUCAGGGAGUUUACAUGUUACGUUCUGUAUUACCACCUACCUUUCCCCCCCAGUAAUGUUUUAAAAAUUCCCUGUCACAAAUUGUGAGCAGCAGCAGGGUAUUGAGGUUCUUAUUAGAUAACUGGUGUGCUUGUUCUAUGUAUACUAGCUGUUUGUGCUGUUGGGGGGAGGCCAGAGGUAGAGGAGGAGGAGGACAGUUGGGGAUGGGAGCCAAAAGGGAUUUAUUUUUAUAAAAGUAUUUCCAACUGGAUUAAUAGUGUGUUUUUUUUAAAAAAAACAGCUCUGAGCUGUGUAUGGAAACAAUAUCAAGUAAAAUUAAAAUUCAGCCUAAAACUAAGAAAACAAUGUAAAAGCAAGUAAAACAGAUUCAAGUGGGCUUACGCACAUAAUAAAGGGUCCAGUCUUAUAGUCAGGGAUAGCCUGGGCAAAAAGAGAAGUCUUUGAAGACAUCUCAAGCAACUGCUUCAGGUACGGCAGAGGGAAGGGCAUUCCGUGGAACGGGGCAAUAGCAGAGAAUGCCACUAGGGGGUUCACCACCCUGUGAUAUUCUGUAGGAUAUGGUGCCGCAAACAGAAUUUGCCCAGCUGAUCUUACAGGUCUAUACAGUAGCAGGCAAUCUUUCAUGUAACCUGCUAAAAGUGGUUAAGGGGGUUAUAUUUUAACAACAUGGCCUUGAAUGUAGCCCAGGAGCUGAUGGGAAACCAGUGCAGUCCCCCUUCAUAGCCGUGGAAUACGUGUGUGUAUCCACAUGCUCCUUUCAGAAAAACUGAUUGCAGCAUUCUGCACCAGCUGCAGCUUCUGGACCAGUCCCAAGGGAAGCCCUACGUAGAGCGCUUUAGAGUACAGCCACAAGGUUCGCAAUCCAGCUGUGGUAAAGCCCUCUGCAAGCAGUCUGUCCAGACCCCUGGCAAAAGCAAUGUGCCCCACUCUUGGCAGCCCACUAUGUGGGGAGAGGGAGGGAGUAAAAAGGGGUGGCCUCAUCCAUUAGUGCUAUUAUUUGUUUAUUUGAUUUCUCUACCACCCUUCGUCUGAGAAUCACAGGGCAGUUUACAGUAUAAAAACAGGAAAAAGAAGUGCAUACAAAAAUAACAAAAACAAAAUAAUCCCCGCACACCCUCAGUUGUUAUUUUGCUAGUUUUGCCUCCACCCAACACUGUCAUGCAGCCCCUAAAAGGAGAUCCCUGAUGGAAUGCAGCCCUCGACAGAAACCUGCUCCCCGGACAUACACUAACAUAAAAUGUUAACUUUUUCAGGUUCACCAAAGUGGUUCUGGAUGGUCUCCAGUGGUGAGUUGUUUUUUAAAAAAAUCAUGUGAAUACGCUUCCUGGUUCAUGGAGGCAAUGAUAACAGCACCUUUCAAAAAAAAAAAAAAGAGUGUUGGGGGAGGGCAGGGGAAAUAUUAUUGUUACACGCAGUGCCUCACCUGUGUUGGAAAGUAUUUUGAUGCUGAACUUCCUGAAGCUGCCUACUGGCUGGUUGUAUGCCAAGUGAUUUGCAUCAGGCAAACUAGUCUAGGUACCAGAAAGUUCAAGUUUUCACAUAUCUAUGCUAGAAGCGGUAAGACAACCACAGCUGCUUGUUCAGAAGCAGCAAUAAUUUAUUUAAUCUACAUUGUCCGUUUUGCCAAACACGUAUGUGCUUUUGUUUGUAGUAUGUUGAAGAAAACUUAGGAGUCAUGUCAGUGGGAUUCUUACUCGGCAGCCCUGAUGAUGCCGUUAUUUGGAGAGGACCCAAAAAAAAUGGUGUGUAUCUCACAAUGAUCAGUACCAACAAAGACUUGCCUCGUAGAAUGCAAGGGACUGAAAUUCAAUUAGCUCAGUGGUUAUUUUUUAAAGCCUUAGUUCAUAACAUUUUAAGUUACUUUCACUGUUUGAUAGGAACUGGCAACAUUUCUGGUGCUUUGCUUGAGGGGGUGGUCACACAGAAAAGAAGUAAAGAGGGAUUGUGAAGCUGCAAUGUAGAGUCACACUUGAUAAAAUCUGACUUCUGUCAGCUCGUGGUAGAGAUGAGUUGGGGCUAAUAGCAUUGUGGCUUUAAGGGUAUUUUUUAUUUCUUUUAAUUUAUGAAUAGCAUAUCUUGAGACAGGCUUUCAACAGAGUUCACAAGUAGCUGACACACACAAAAAGUUUUAAAACCAACCAAAGCAUCUUCAAACUAGAAAUCAAAGUAACUUAAGCAACUGUUGCAUUAUCUGUUCUACGAAGUAAAAAAACCACUAACCCUGUUUCAGAAUUCAGCAUUUUCUAGUCAUUGGAUCUUAGCUCCACCGAUUACCAGCUGAGAACAUGCAUCAUCUGCCUUCGUCUGUUUGCUUACGCACACUGCUCCAGUGCUUCUUAAAUCACUCCAGAAACCGGAGGGGGGAGGAAAUCAGAUGUUGUUUCCAGACCACCUCAAGCAUGCUUGUCAGAAUUGAACUGUGUAGUUCUGAGUUCAGAUCCCUCCCCCACGUAUAUUUUUUUGCUAGUGCAUGUUACACAUGCUCUUAGACCUCUAAUGGAGACAGCAAACAAUGCUGAGACACAAUUCUCAUUUGAGCCAUAGAAAUGGUGGCAGCUGGAUACAGUUUCAGGGAGCGAAAUAUAAACACCCAACUUUAAUCAUGCGUGUUAUGUUUCCAGGAAUGAUUAAGCAGUUUCUCCGUGAUGUGGACUGGGGCGAAGUCGACUACCUUAUUGUAGAUACACCUCCAGGAACAUCAGAUGAGCACUUAUCUAUAGUGCAGUACCUAAGUGCCGCCAACAUAGACGGGGCAGUGGUAAUCACCACCCCUCAGGUAAGGUACACAACUCUAGGAGUUAAAACUCAGAGAUUUAGCUGAGUAGGAGACUCACAGUGCGUCCAAACUUCCACUUGUCCUGUGCCCAGCAAGUGUGGGUCUGAGUGGUUUUCCACUUGUCCCAGGCAUGGAUAUGAGUGGUUUUGCCUUUGCCCCAAUGCUUUCCCCUGGAAAACACACUCUUUAGCGCUAAAUCGGAACCAGCAGCAAUCUGCAGAAAACCCAGUUGCCACUUGUUCCAAUUCAGUGAUAAAGAUUGGGCUUCCCCAGGGGGAAAGCAGUGGGGCAAAUAGAGGUGGGGAUAAGCCCUAACUAAAUGACUUUUGCUCAGCUCCGCCCGUCUCAUUUUCUUUUCUUUUUUGGAAGCUUCAAUAGGAGGGAAUACUUUGAUUUCACUGUAUAAAAACUGUUUUCCUCACCUUAUGGUUCUGAUUUAUGGGCUACUACUAAAAUGAGGCUGCAUUUUCAAUUGUAUUUUAACCCAUAUUUUAACCCAUAUUUUAAUUAACUGUUUUUUUUCUUCUUCUUUUCCCCCCCUUUCCUAUUACUUUUUAUUGUAAUUUUAUUGGUGUUAGCCGCCCUGAGCCCAGUUCUGAUCCGGGAGGACGGGCUGUAAAUAAAUUAUUAUUAUUAUUAUUAUUAUUAUUACUAGUAGGCCCCUAAUUGGCAUGUUCUAAUUGAAGGAUUUGGGCAGGCAACCCUGCCCUGCAGCCAGCCGGAUUCUAAGUGGCUGGGCUGGAGGUGGUGGCUAUUUUGGCUGCUGGGGAUGGCGGCUGACCGGCUAGAGGCCACAAGCACCACCCACCCAGAAAGAGAGUAAUCGACCAUUCUCUGUAAUCUCAAAUAUGGAGAAUAUUGGAGAUGACCAAUAUGCUCUGUUAAAUGCAUCGGGGCUUGUGGGCAAACAGAUUGCAGCCUGAGUUUAUCCAAGGGGAGGCUGUAGGGCAGUUGUCCUCUGGGAAAGCCUCUCUACGGAGGGGAGGUGUUGUGAGCGAGGUAUAACCAAGCCCCUGUGUCAUUGAACCCUGUACCUGCGUCACGCCCCCCAGCUGGCCAGUCCGGCUGGGGGGGGUGGUUUUUGCCGUUCAAAACGGCCGCAGGCUCAUGGGCUCCUCCUCCUUGUUCCUGGCUUUGUCAUUUGGCUCCCCUUUAACUGCGCAAAAAAGGGCCUUUCAAUGAACUGUACAGCAUCCCUGUGAAGAAAUAGGCUCUGCUGUCUCAUUAUAAUAAACGGGGGGGGGGGAGUAUCAAACAGAUCUGGGGAACCUGAAUUAACAUUCUGUUGGGUUACUGUUCUGUUUUUAAAUAGGAAGUCGCUCUUCAGGACGUUCGGAAAGAGAUAAACUUCUGCCGUAAGGUGAAGCUGCCAAUCAUAGGAGUAGUUGAAAAUAUGAGUGGCUUCAUUUGCCCGAAAUGUAAGGUAAUAUUUCUUGCAUACAUUUAAGCAUGAGAAUUAUUCUUGCUCUACCAGGUCAUUAAGCAUCAGAAGAAUGUCCCCCUUAAGCUGUUUUGAUGAGAUGCUACCCUGCAUUAUCACGACUGUCACACAAAUUAUUGGUGUAUUAAUUCACGGUUCCUUCCACCUUCUGACAGGGUUUGGAUCCGUAUUUCCCAGGAGUUUUGUGGCCCCUCCUCAAGGCUCAUUGAGACAAACUUGAGUUGGUCCCUAAUACCAAGGAUGUUUCAAAAUAUGCCCCAGUUUCCGUCUGGCUGAGCACUUUGAGUGGCAGGACUGCAGCCCUAUCGAUAUAGGAGUGGGAAGUGUUAGGAAGACAGGAAGCUGCCUUAUACGAAGUCAGAUCAUUGGCCCGUCUAACUCAGUACAGUGGUACCUCGGGUUACAUACGCUUCAGGUUACAUACGCUUCAGAUUACACACUCCACUAACCCAGAAAUAGUGCCUCAGGUUAAGAACUUUGCUUCAGGAUGAGAACAAAUCAUGCUCCGGUGGCGCGGCAGCAGCGGGAGGCCCCAUUAGCUAAAGUGGUGCUUCAGGUUAAGAACACUUUCAGGUUAAGAACGAAUCUCCGGAACGAAUUAAGUACUUAACCCGAGGUACCACUGUACUGAGGAUUGUAAUUUAGAUGGAGUUCUGGACUUGAAGUGUACCAGGCAUUAUAAGACUCACAUCUGCUGACCGCAAGCUUACAACCAAUCUCUCUUACUUUUUGUAUCUGCUGGGUUCAUGUUCAAUGGCAUCUUCAUCUUACAGAACGAGUCGCAGAUAUUCCCCCCAACAACUGGUGGCGCAGAGGCCAUGUGCCACAGUUUGAACGUGCCUCUCCUGGGCAAGGUGCCCCUGGACCCACAAAUAGGUAAUGCCGCACAUUGAAGCACCUUCCGAGCUUGCUCACGGUCUCGGUACACUGUUUAUAUUCAGUGGGAUUUAAGUUGCACACAAACAAACAGUGCAAAUCUCUUUAAUGCAGGGAUAAUGAACCUGUGGCCCUCCAGAAGUUAUCAGGGUCCAGUUCCCAUCAGGCCAAGCUAACAUGGCCAGGGGUCUCAGGGAAUUGUAGUUUAAUGGGUCUGGCGGUAGCAGCUGGCAUAGAGUCAGCGGCUGUAAAUGGGGCGAGAGGCUGAUGUAUGCCACUUACUAUCAUUUAGUGGGAAAAGAUCUUCCAGCUACAUCUGGAGGUCUUUCAAAUUUCCCAUCCCUCUUGCGCUGGGUUCUUUGGAACAUAAAUGCAAGUGUGGGGUAGGAGAAAGACUGUAUUGAGCCAAACACUGGCAUCCAUAUUUGUGUCCUUUGACUGGGGUUUGCUUGUUUCUUCUGCCGGGCUAGGAAAAAGCUGUGAUGCGGGACACUCGUUCUUGUCCGAGGUACCGAAUUCUCCAGCUACGUUAUCCUACAGGAAUAUCAUUCAGAGUAAGUACAGUAUCCAGGAAAGGGUCUGCAACCGAGAAACUUUUGCACUCCUCCAUAUUUUUAAGGUGCACCCACAAGCGACUCUUGGUAGCUCCGAAUGGAUGCUUUCCACGUUUACCAUGUUGGCCUAGCCAGCCAAGUCCGUUACUGAAGACAGCUUGUGGCUUGUAGAUUCAUAUGAAUAGCUGGGAGCCUUAGUUCUUUUCUAACGGCAUGUCCAGGAUUCUGAGCACAUUUAACUAGAAGUGACUCAUACCUAGCCUGAAAGUUGUUAAACACCUAACCGAGUAAAUCACGAGUUACUAGGUGUUCAGUUCUAGAUCUGAUUCUUCCCCCACUGCCAGUUCCUGAUGUCCCCGCUUUGAGAACUAAAGAGUCAUACUUGACCUUGUGCAAAGUCAUACUUCUGUUUCAAAAUGAGCUGACAUCAGUGGAGGCAGCUGUCCCAUGAUGGCAGGUGACCGCUGCAGUGAACUCUGCAGCUAAGGAUGGGCAGAGUGAAGGGGUACCGUAUUUUUCUGUGUAUUAGACAAGGUUUUUUUUUUACUGAAAAAUCAUGUCAAAAAACUAGGGUCAUCUUAUACACGGAUAGUGGGGGGGGGGGAAGCUGCGCACCGUCAGCCAGCUGGUUGGGCGCGCAAUUCCCCCUCCAUGCCGCUGCAGGAUGCGCACGCUCUAGGGAGCAUUUCCCACAGCAGCGUGGAGGCGAAGCCGCCAGCCAGCUGGUUGGUGGCCCGCGCUCUAGGGAGCUUCCCGCCUGCAGUGGGGGGGGGGAGCGGCUGCCCACUUUGCCAACCCCCAGCAACAGCCCUGCAGGGGUGAUGGCGCUUGUGCAAUUCCCCCUUUAAAAAGCUCAACAACUUUGGGCCACCUUUCCCCCAAAAUAGGGGGUGUCUUAUAUACGGAAAAAUACGGUACAUUAAUGCUGGGGCCUAGGAAAUUCUCCAGGGCAAUCCUCUUCUGGUCAAACAUGGCUUGCGGUGGAGAAUGCCAGUGAAUUGUGCUGCUGCAUGCACAGAGAGCUUGCAUUUCCAGCCUCCAGUGCAAAAACCUGAGGCAGCAUUUUGAUUCAUCUUGCAUUGUGUCUUUCUGCAGGAAUCCAAGACUUCUGUAGCCACAACCACCCGCAGGAAGAAAACAGUACUUGAACAGCAAACUAUGGAAGGGUCCUUAGGAAAGCGUUGAUCGCCUUAAGCCUCUCCGAAUAGGAAUAUAUAAAGCCUUUGUUUUGCAAGCAAAUAAAUUUUUUGAAUAAUGUCC